AAAAUGCAUCCGCACUGCAUUGUUUCGCUCAGUUUCGCUGGACAUGCUUUUUCCUGAGCCAGAAACUUUCUGAGAGUCAGGAGUCCAGGGACGCUCUGACUCCUGAGUUUCUGUUAGAACGUCUUGUGGCUGUGGCAGGGACUCGCUUGGAGACUCGACUUUUUAGCACUCACAUAUGGGCGCCCACAAUUAGGCUUGAACCCAAAUCAUGGCGCCCACUGCCCAGAAGAACAAGUCGCACAAGGCGCGCUUCGCCUCCAAGGGCCAGCGCCACAAGCACAAGGUCGCCAAGGAGACCGUUGCCACCGGAGCGUCCGCCGUCCACCGGUCGGGGAAGAGCUCCAAUGUGAACCGGGCGCAGCGGUUGCAGCAGGCAAAAAAUGCGAGGGAUCACCGCAGGGCGGACGCUCUGCUGGAGAAGCGGACGGGGGGCGGGUCCGGCGGCGCGCCUAAGCUGAUUGUGCUUGUCUCGCUAUCCGGCUCAGUAAACGUCUCCGCAAUCAAGAAGGCCCUUAUCCAGGGGGCCACAGAGAGGGUCGCCGGAGCGCCCCCGAAGCAGGACGAUGCAAUGGAAGGAGUUCAGUCGGAGGGCGCGGAAAUGGGCGUCGAGGGGGCAAUCAAGGGAGUGGGCGGUCAAAUGACGGUCUCCCUGCACAAGCACAAAGCGCGGAUCUCGGUUGUGGAGGCGCCGGGAGAUAUUCUGGGUUGUCUGGAAGCUGCAAAGGUGGCAGAUAUUGUGGCGUUUGUGACGCCAGCAGAGGGUGCUCACAUCGACGAGCAGGGCCGGGAGCUCCUUACUGUACUUCGAGCGCUCGGCCUCCCGGCUACCACUGGAUUUAUCCAGGGUCUUGAUAGUGUACCCUUGAAGCGGCGCGGCGAGGCCAAGAAGGCGGCAGUUGCGGCGCUCCAGGGGCAACUAGGGGUGGACCUCAAAGUGCACGCUGCAGACACGCCAGAGGACUUCACGCAGCUGCUACGCCACCUGUCCGAGCUCCGCCUCUCUCCCCCCGUCUGGCGCAACCAACGGCCGUACGUGGUCGUCGAAAAGCUCGCCUUCCGGCCGUCCGAUGUCCCAUCCGACGGCCCAGAUACGUCCGGCGGAACGUUACUCGUCUCCGGUUACCUCCGUGCCCGCUCGCUACGACCGGGACAGCUUGUCCACGUGGCAGGACUGGGCGACUGCCAGCUGGCGCAAAUCGACGGCCCGGAAGAUCCUUGUCCGGUAGGGCAGCAUAGAAACAAGGCGGGGGGGGCGAUGGACGUGGAAAAUGGGGGAGGCGAAGCGAGGGUUUUGGGGGUGGCGGGGCCGGGCGAUCUGGAGCCGUUCAUCACGGAAAACGAUCCGGAUCCGACGGCCGGGGAGCAGACUUGGCCGACGGAAGAGGAGUUAGCGAGUGCGGAGCAAGAAAGGCAGCAAAGGAUGGCGGCGAAGAAGCACAAACGAAAAGUCGCAAAAGGAACGUCGGAAUAUCAGGCCGCUUGGAUCGUCGACGAGAGCGAAGGGGAGGAGGAUGACGACGAUGCUGACGUGGCCGACAAAGGGGAGGACGCGGCGAUGGCGGAGGCGGGGCCCAGCGAUGGCGGGUCCGACGCAGAAGAUGACGUCAGCGAGGACGAGGCGGGGCGGGGCACGACAUCAGGGCGCACGAGCGAGACGUGGCUGGGUGAGGAGGACGAUGACAUGAGCGAGGAUGAGGGCCUGACGGCGCGGCAGCGCGAGGAAGAACGGCGGCGGCUGAAAGAGGCGGCGCAGGGCGACGAGGAGUUCCCGGACGAAGUGGACACGCCGAUGGACGUGCCGGCGCGGCAGCGCUUCGCCAAGUACCGGGGACUCAAGAGCUUCCGGACCAGCCCCUGGGAUCCCAAGGAGAGCCUCCCGCGCGAGUAUGCGCGCAUUUUCGCGUUCGACAACUUCCGGCGCACGCAGAAAGUGGUCCUCGCGCAACAGGUCAAAACGGACCGGGAGUCGCUCAUCGUUCCGGGAAUGUACGUCCGGCUGCACCUCCUGAUCCGGCCGGAGCAGCGGAUUCCGGCGGAAGAGCUCGUCAGGCGGGCGGAAAGCGGAGCGGCGGGGCUGGUGACGGCCAUCGGGCUGCUGCAGCACGAGACCAAGAUGUCGGUCGUGCAUUACAGCAUAAGGAAGAGCGACGCAUACACGGAGCCCGUCAAGUCCAAGUCGGAGCUCCUCUUCUACACCGGCCUCAGAAGUUUCAAAACUAGGCCGCUCUUUUCGACGGACGACAUGCAGAUGGACAAGCAUAAGUUCGAGCGCUUCCUGCACCCCGGGCGCUUCUCCGUCGCUACCGUCUUCGCCCCGAUCGCAUUCCCACCGCUGCCGCUGCUGGUGUUCAAGGAGGGUGUGAACGGGCCGGAGCUGGUGGCCACGGGGGCGCAGCGCGAGGUCGACCCGGACAGGGUCAUCCUGAAGAAGAUUGUGCUCUCAGGGUACCCAUACCGCGUGCACAAGCGUAAGGCUGUCGUCCGGUUCAUGUUCUUCAAUCCGGAGGACGUCCGGUGGUUCAAGCCGCUGGAGCUGUGGACCAAGUACGGCCGGCGCGGCCGCAUCAAGGAGCCCGUCGGGACGCACGGUUCGAUGAAGUGCGUCUUCGAGGGCGUGGUUCAGCAAAGGGACGCCGUCUGUGCGACGCUGUAUAAGCGAGUGUACCCUAGGUGGCCCGAGACAGAAGCGCUCUGAGCGUGACACGUGCCUCCGUUCUGACCGUCAACCAAUCGAAUUCUCGAAAUCAACGAUUCUAGGGGGGAGAGCCAGAUUCUCGGAUAUGCACCCAGUACUGUGACGGCGUGUGUCAUGGUGCCGUGCAUGUGAUUCUAUGUGUCAGUCCAACCCGAUCCGUGUCCAUCUUACGGAAGCAACAUGCAAGGUCUUGGCAUGCAAGAAUCCUGAACCCCACGACCGUGACG